GGGGGCGGGGGAGCGAUGGUCGCAAGAUGGCGGCGCUGAAGGAGGCUCGGAGCUACGGGCUGUCGUGCGGGCGAGUGAGCGACGGCAGCAAGGUGUCCGUGUUCCACGUGAAGCUCACCGACAGUGCCCUGAGGGCCUUCGAGAGCUACCGCGCCAGCCAGAGUCAAUUCCUUGAGGAGGGAUCUGCUGACAGGUCCUGCUUGGAGAAAACUGGAUUUGACCUGCAGGAUUUCAAAUGUCAUGACCAGAGGGUUGACGGGGCUGCUGUUAAAGGACUCCAUGACAGACGUCUGCGUGGACUCUGUUUCACUGAGACCUUCGAUCCGAUUUCAAGGAAGUCAGGGGCACAUCUCCAUCCCCCAGCCUGACUGCCCCACGGAGCCGCGGACGUUCUCCUUCUACCUCUCCAACAUCGGCCGUGACAGCCCCCAGGGCAGCUUUGACUGCAUCCAGCAGUACGUCUCCAGCCAUGGGGAUGUCCACCUGGACUGCCUGGGCAGCAUCCAGGACAAAAUCACAGUGUGUGCCACCGACGACUCCUACCAGAAAGCGCGGCAGAGCCUGGCACAGGCUGAGGAGGAGACGCGGAGUCGAGGCGCCAUCGUCAUCAAGCCCGGAGGCCGUUACCUGGGCAAAAAGGUUCAGUUUCGGAAACCGGCCCCGGGGGCAGUGGAUGCUGUGCCCUCCCGGAAGCGGGCGACCCCCAUCAACCUGGCAAGCGCCAUCAAGAAAACCAGCGCUGGCAGCGUUAGCGGGGGCAGCGGGGUGUCUCAGCGGCCCUUCCGUGACCGGGUGCUGCACCUCCUGGCGCUGAGGCCCUACCGGAAGGCCGAGCUGCUGCUGAGGCUGCAGAAGGACGGCCUGGCCCAGGCGGACAAGGACGCGCUGGACGGCCUCCUCCAGCAGGUAGCCAACGUGAAUGCCAAGGAUGGCACGUGCACGCUGAAGGACUGUGUGUACAAGGAUGUGCAGAAGGACUGGCCCGGCUACUCAGAGGGGGACCAGAAGUUGCUGAAGCGGAUGCUUAUCCGGAAGUUGUGCCAGCCACAGAGCUCAGGCGGCCUCCCUGGGGACCUUGCGGCCAACAGUCCUCCGGGUGAGCAUGGGAGCUCAGCCUCACCCCCUCAGAAACGGCCACAGCCUCCUGAUUUCAUCGACCCUCUGGCCAACAAGAAACCCAGGAUAUCGCACUUCGCCCAGAGAGGUCAGCCUGCAGUCAACGGGAAACUGAGUGUGCCCCACGGCCGUGAGGCCCUGCUUCCCACCCCGGGCCCACUGGCUGGUACAGACGCCCACCUGCCCCUGCGGCUGGACCCACCACGGGCCCACGACCCCCUGGCCGACGUCAGCAACGACCUGGGCCACAGCGGCCGGGAUUGCGAGCGUGGGGAAGUGGCCGCCCCGGCACCUACUGAGUGCCUCAGCCUGCCCCUGCUGACGGACUGUGCCCAGCCCAGCAGGCCCCACGGCGCCUCCUUGCACGGCAAGUCCAAGAAGAAAUCCAAGAAGCACAAAGACAAGGAGAGGGCGGCUGAGGACAGGCACCGGCCCCGGCCGCCAGACCAGAUGUCGGGCCCCCUUGGAGCCCCACCAGUCGCCCCGGGUUUAAAUGGGACCUGCAGCAGCUCAAGUGUUCCCACGUCGACCUCGGAGACUCCCGACUACUUGCUAAAAUACGCCACUAUCUCCUCCUCGGAGCAGCGCCAGAGCUACAAAAACGACUUCAAUGCUGAGUAUAGCGAGUACCGAGACCUGCACGCCCGCAUCGAGCAGAUCACGCGGCGCUUCACGCAGCUCGAUGCCCAGCUCCGGCAGCUCUCCCAGGGCUCCGAGGAGUACGAGACUACUCGUGGGCAGAUUUUACAGGAAUAUCGAAAAAUCAAGAAGACCAACACCAACUACAGCCAGGAGAAGCACCGCUGCGAGUACCUGCACAGCAAGCUGGCCCACAUCAAGAGGCUCAUCGCUGAGUACGACCAGCGGCAGCUGCAGGCCUGGCCUUAGCUCAAGGCCACAGGGCAGGAGGCCCCACCCAGCCAGCCAGGCCAGCUCACCUCACCGGGCUGACCGUUCUGGAUGGUGGGGGAGCUGGGGGUGAGGGGGAGCUGAAGAUGAGGAAACGAGAUUUAUUUGGAAAAAUAAACGUGAGGAAGACGCAUUCAUCUGAGCCAGGAACGCCGGCUUUCAGGGGAGUCCCUGCAGCCCUGGCGCCCACAGGUCACACAGACCCAGGUGGGGUGUCCACCUCCCCCGGGGCCCCACACACCUCCUGAGCAGCCUCCCCACCCAGAUGGGCUCCCCAAGAGGCCCACCUCCUCGCCAGCCCCACCCCCCGCCCCCCAGGGGCUUCAGCUUCCUAUCAGUGAAAGACUCCAAGGCCGGCCUGCCUGCCUGCCUUUUCUAGUUUUAUACAAAGACAGCCACUUUUAGCUACUGCUUAUGAGACUUGAGUCUAUUUUUAUACGAAAGAGAAAGCAUCUUUUUUCUAAACCUGUGCCUCCCCUCCUUGGACGCCCAGGGUCUAGGCGCUGCCCUGUGUCCUUUCUACAGUAUUACAGAUGCUCGGGAAGUUCGGCGUUGUUCUGCGAGCUCCAGGGCUCCCAGGAGAGAACCCGUGGUGGGCGGGCAGGGGUGCCUCUCCCACGCUGGUCUCCCUCACACACAGCCUCUCCCUGGCUCUAAGAGGGUGGGCAGCGCAAUGCGACCCCCGCAGCUCUAUUUGGAAAACUCCAGCUGGUCCAGGAGCAGCUGCUGGGAGCCACCAGGCCCACCCUGCUAUUCCAGGCCCUCAGCUGUCAGGGGUCACUGGGAGUUUCUGUGCUUGUAGCCCGCGCUCUGCGGCAGCAGUGUCAGAUUUUAUUUUACUGUCUUCUCAAUUCUCCCCUUUGCUGCUGCUCUUCGUUUCGCACUGUUGAGACCAAGUGGUCUCCAUGCUGUUGACCUCGCCCCGCCCCUCA